UUGCUACGCGUCCACCUCAAUAUUAGAUCCAGUCAAGUCUUGUCCCUCACACAAUAUCUUCAUCAAUAAAUACAUUUCUCAACUCUCCUCUUUCAAUCCAAAAAAUUCCUCCAAAUGUUUAACCAUUUAGUUUGCGGCAGUUUCCAACACCAACAAGAUCUUGAAUUACCAUGUUCAUCUCCCAAACCAAAAUCCAAAAGAAAACCCAACCCCUACUCCUCACGAGGCUUAGACAAAUUCUCCACCCUUCUAUCCGAACUUGAUCAGCAAAGAAAGAAAGUUUACUCACAAAUGAACCCUCGUGACAUAUCUUUUGUUCGUUUUGCUUAUUCAAACGACAACGAUUUCGUUCCGAUUGUUGUUAAACUGAAAAACAACAACCAGAAGAAACACAAGAGUGAAGAACAAGUUAAUAAGGUAAGACAUGUAACAUCGUUCUCGGAACCGAUGGAUCAGAAACAUGUGGAAGAAACAAAGCAGUUACAUAGGUUGGAAUCAUCUAAUUGUGUUGAUGUUGAUGAUAAAGAUAAGGUGGUGAAGAAGAUUGAGAAGUUGAAGAGGCCUUAUUGCUAUGUGCCGGUUGUGAUGAUGUUGAUUUUGUUGUUGUUGACUGUUUUUGGAAGAUCUUUUGCAACGGUUUGUACGUGUGUUGUGUGGUAUAUAGUUCCUAUUUUGAAAGAAAGUUGGAAAGAAAAGUUGGUGAAGAAAAAGGAUUAUGUUGGUGAAGGGUUACUUUCUCCUAGAAGUGGUGAAUCUGAUAAGAGAUCUGGAAAACAUAGCCACCAGAAAAGCUGGUGAUGUUUAUGUAACAGAAUGAUCUUUGUUUUGUUUUUAUUUAUGGGUUUUGUUCUUCUAUUUCUAUUCAUGGGUUUGAUGUGUAAAUUAUGUAUAUGUUUUCUUGGUGAUGCUCUCUUUGAGAUGGAGAAAACAUCCUCAAUAGAUUGAAUUAGUUUUCAAUCUAAGUGUAAAUUAUGGUAGAGAUAGGAUUUACAUUUGUACAUUGAAUGGUUGGUUCCAUAUAACAAAAUGUUUGGGGCUUUUUCUUGGUCUUAAUUAUAAUUCAAGUACAUAUUUGUUCCAUACAUGUUGUUUACAUGUUCCAUGUAGUAAGAUGAUAUAUUUGGGCUGGGCUGCUAAGCCCUACACCACAUUACACAAUCCCUCUAAAUCUUUAUCUAUGGGUGUAAAAAGGAUUAAA